AGCUUGCCUUGGCUCAAAUGAUGUUUCAGAGUGACAGUUCAACUUGGCCAGUUCCCUUCGGGCACGAUGGCGACCCCGUAUCCAGGGAAGAGCCCCUUCAGCAUGCUCUCGGUGGAGGAAUGUGUCUCGAUGGUCUCGGCACAAGUGCUGGGCCCUUUGGGCCGUGAGGAGGUCGCCUUGGCCGAUGCCUUGGGGCGUCGCUUGGCAGAGGAUGUGACUGCAUCCGCACCGAUCCCCGCUUUUCCAGCCUCCAUCAUGGAUGGCUUCGCCGUCCGCUCGAGCGACCCUCCCAACACCUAUUUGGUGGACGCUGAUUCACUGGCCGGUGGCCAGAGCGCCGGGCCAUUGCGGCCAGGCUACGUCCGCUACAUCACCACCGGAUCCUUUGUACCCGAGGGAGCAGAUGCUGUCGUCAAGGUGGAGGACACUGUUCAAUCGGCGAGGUCAGAUGGGCAGGUCGAGGUGCAAAUCUUGGUGUCCAGCAAGCCGGGAGCCAACAUCCGUGCCGUUGGCUCGGACACGGCCAAGGGCGAGGCGCUGCUGUCAGCUGGCUGCCAACUGAGAGCCAGUGAGUUGGGGGUAUUGGCAGCGCUGAACCGCAGCCGCCUUUGGGUCCACCGAGAGCCACGCGUCGCCGUGCUCUCCACCGGCGAUGAGCUAGUUGAGCUGGGCGGCCAACCAGAUGAGGGCAGAGGACAAAUCAUCGACUGCAACCGACCUUUGCUUUGCGCCAUGGUGAAGGAGCUGGGGGCUAUUGUCUCAGAUCGUGGACAAGUGCCGGAUGAACUCGAACAUGUUCGCGCCACACUGGCAGAUGCGUUGGAAUCGGCAGACCUGGUAAUUACCUCUGGUGGUGUGAGCCGUGGGAGCAAGGACUACAUCAAGGAGGUCUUGGGUGACCUGGGUGAGCUGCACUUCGGCGAGAUGUGUAUGAAACCGGGAAAGCCCAGCACCUUCGCCACCGUGAAGACUGGGCCAGAUCCUGCACAGAAGAAGCUCUUCUUCGGUUUGCCAGGGAAUCCCGUGAGCUGUUUCGUGACCUUCAACUUGCUGGUGGCUCCUGCCAUCCAACGCCUUCGAGGCAGUCCAGGGUCUCCGGUGUAUCCACGGGUGGAUGUGGAGUUGGCCAGCCCAGUGCAAAUGGACCCGGUCCGACCGGAGUACCACCGAGCGCGUGCCCGCUGGCAGUCAGGGCGCAUCGUGGCCGAGAGUACCGGCUUUCAGAGAAGCAGCCGAAUUGCAUCCAUUGCAGAGACCAACUGCUUGCUGGAGAUCCCGAAAGCACAUGGCACAUUGACCAAGGGUACGGUGGUCAAGGCUUUGCUGCUCACAGGCCUGCUGCCGGAGCCCGAAGGCUUCCCAAGCAUCGCUGCCCGCUCGGUGCAGGCGCCGCUGGCGCCACAAGCGCCCAGCGCUUCGGGCGAUGCCGCACCACGACGAGCAAAGGUGGCGCUGCUGCGCUGGGACAGCGCAGGUGGAGAGGUCACUCGUGAGCAGCUCGCGACGUUCCUGGGGCCUGUGGAGCUGAUAGAGAAGCAAGCACCAGAGGUUCUCGAGAUGCGAGAACUUUUGGAGUCCUGGUCCCAGGAAUCCUCCGGCAUGGAUUUGAUCUUAGUGCUGGGGAACUUUGGGCUGGGUGCCAAAGAUGAGAACAUCUUGGCUUUGCUGCGCUCUUUGGUGCGAGAAGCUCCGAACGUGGCGGACCUAUUGCUGCGUCAGGGUCUUGAGCAAUCUCCUUUGGCCAUGCUCCAAUGCGUGGUGGCAGGCUAUCGGAACUCCACCUUGCUGGUGACCAUCUCCUCUUUGACAUCCAGCAGUUUGGGCGACCUUUGCAAGUUGAUUCGCGCAGACAGGCCCUAAGCAGACAGCUAGAAUAGAAGCCAAACCACGGACGUGCCCUCCCAUCGGCUUCGUUUGAAAUCGCUCCUCUCAUGUGACCGCCGCGGGCGCACGGAGUUGCGGGGUCUGUGGUGCUGUGCCGCGCGGGUUUGCGGUCCGGACGGAUGGACUUCUAGGACCUGGAGGAGCGUGGCACUUGUUCCUAGUAGCUUCUUGUUACUACUAGUAAGGCCAGGAGCCCCUAGUAGCUUCUUGCUCCUAGUAGCGUGGCACUGGUUUCUACUAGCUUCUUGUUACUACUAGUAAGGCACCUGUUACUACUAGCGUGGCACCUGUUACUA